UCCCCUCCUCCUAGAUCCUAUGCCUAUGCCUCCUCUGCCAUACUGCACUUUGCGGCUUGUAGUUUUUCUCCGAGAUUCGAUCUCUUCUUUCUUCAUGCUGAAGACGCGCAGUUCAGCUACUGUAUGACUUCUUCACCAAUAAGUAAAAGUUGUGGUCACUCAAUGUUUGCCCACCUUGCACGCCGCCAUGCGUGAAUACAAACUCGUGGUGCUUGGAUCUGGAGGAGUUGGGAAGAGUGCCCUGACUGUCCAGUUUGUUCAGGGAAUCUUCGUAGAGAAGUAUGAUCCCACUAUUGAGGAUUCCUACCGCAAGCAAGUCGAAGUAGACGGAGCACAAUGCAUGUUGGAAAUCCUGGACACAGCUGGAACAGAACAAUUCACGGCUAUGCGUGAUUUGUACAUGAAGAACGGCCAGGGAUUUGCGCUGGUUUACUCUAUCACCGCUCAGUCAACAUUCAACGACCUAAGUGAUCUCCGUGAUCAGAUUCUGCGAGUGAAGGACACAGGAGAUGUUCCAAUGAUUUUGGUUGGUAACAAGUGCGAUCUUGAGGAUGAGCGAGUUGUAAGCAAGGAGCAGGGAGAGGAAUUAGCUCAACAGUUCUCCAGCUGCGCCUUCAUGGAAGCAUCCGCUAAGGCCAAGAUCAAUGUCAGCGAGAUUUUCUGCGAUCUUGUACGGCAAGUCAACAGGAAAAUGCCAGAACCAAAGCGAAGAAGGAAGGGUGCUUGUCUUUUGCUGUAAUUUUUCUGCUCUCUUUAGGCCACACUUUGUUUUUUCUAUGUUUCUCGUCGGCAAAUUUUAACAAAAGGUAUGUGGGCGGGCGAAAAAACAGUAGUGCACUGAACUUUUUUUUUUCUUCCGAAAUUUCUGAAAACCUACGCGGGCGACGACGAGAAACAUAGAAAAACAACGUGUGGCCUUAUAGUACUGCUGGCGAGUACCGCACAAUGUUUCACUUCAGACGACUAGCUUUUAUUGUAUGGCACAAAAAUAUCGCUUCUCAUAAUAAAUAACUGUGUCCAUUCUGGAUUCUGGGUUGGGGUUUCUUUCUAUCUUUUUCUGUCUCACACCUCACGGUGAUCGAUUUGCACAUUGUUUGAUGUUAGAGACAUCAAGUAAAAUACGGUA